AUGCAGGUGAUAACAUACAGGAUGUCGUCAACACUGCGGCAGUGUCAGUCUUACACGCUGCUCGAUUCGGAGGGGUUGCUGAAAAUCAUCCGGCGAACUCAAUUCUAUCAGAAGCCAUACAUGCAACGUAAACAGUUAUCUAUAGAAGCUUCUACUGCGAUUUUCAAUGAAGACAUGAAUCGAAAGAUGCACUUCUUGAUGAGAAAGAAUCGACCUGAUGCAUAUCCUGGCCAGAUAACCUCAUAG